UCUCACUCCUCGCUCGGUUCAACAUGGACUCACUGAAUGUUCUGCUCUUUCUCGCUGUCACCUUCCUCACAGUAAAAGUUUCUCUUCAAGGGCCAGAUCAGCGCAAACUGUACAACGACCUGAUGGCUGGCUACAACCCACUGGUGAGACCAGUCUCCAAUGACUCUCAGACUCUCACUGUUCAAUUCGGCCUCACCCUCAUGCAGAUCAUGGAUGUGGAUGAGAAGAACCAGGUUUUGACAACCAACAUCUGGCUGCAGCUGCAGUGGGAUGAUCACUACCUGCGGUGGAAUACAUCAGAGUAUGGAGGUGUGACCAAUGUUAGAUUUCCUGACCAUCUCAUUUGGAAGCCAGACAUUCUGCUGUAUAACAGUGCUGAUGAAAGAUUUGAUGCUACUUUCCACACCAACAUUUUGGUUGACUCGUCGGGCACCUGUACCUACUUACCUCCAGGGAUCUUCAAGAGCACCUGCUACAUCGAUGUGCGCUGGUUCCCCUUUGAUGUCCAGAGAUGUGACCUGAAGUUUGGCUCCUGGACAUACGGGGGCUGGUCUCUGGACUUGAAGAUGUUGGAGGCGGAUAUCACCGGCUACAUCGCCAACGGAGAGUGGGACCUUGUUGAGGUUCCAGGACGGAAGAACGAGCGUUUCUAUGCCUGCUGCGAGGAGCCGUACCCUGACGUCACCUUCACCUUGGUGAUGCGGAGACGGACCCUCUACUACGGCCUCAACCUGCUCAUUCCGUGUGUGCUGAUCUCCACUCUGGCCCUCCUCGUCUUCCUUCUGCCUGCUGACUCUGGGGAGAAGAUCUCACUGGGCAUUACAGUCCUGCUCUCCCUGACUGUCUUUAUGCUGCUGGUUGCAGAGAUUAUGCCCGCCACAUCGGACUCGGUGCCUUUAAUAGCUCAAUACUUUGCCACUACCAUGGUCAUUGUUGGUCUCUCAGUAAUCGCCACAGUUCUCGUCUUACAAUAUCACCACCAUGACCCUGAUGGAAGCAAGAUGCCGAAGUGGACCCGUGUGAUCCUGCUGAACUGGUGCGCCUGGUUCCUGCGCAUGAAGCGCCCAGGUGAGGAGCGAGUGCGUUCAGCCUGUCACAACAAGGCUCCACGGAACAGCCUGACCAGCGUGGAGCUCAAUGCAAGCACUUCAGCCUCCCAUUCCACCAACGGCAACGUGCUUUACGUUGGCAUGCGUGGCCUGGAGAGCAUCCACUACUCCACAGCUGCCACCUCUUGUGACUCCGGGGUCCUCUGUGGACGGCUGGUUGGACGAGCAGGUGAGGAUGAGCUGCUCCUCCCCGAAGGUCACAGCUCCUCAGCUUGCAGAGUGGAACCAGAGCUGGCCAAGAUCCUGGACGAGGUGCACUUUAUUGCCAAGCGCUUCCGUGACCAAGACGAGGACGAGUUAGUGUGCAACGAGUGGAAAUUUGCUGCGUCUGUUAUCGACAGGCUUUGUCUCAUGGCUUUCUCCCUCUUCACUAUCCUCUGCACUAUUGGGAUCCUCAUGUCAGCACCCAACUUUGUAGAGGCCAUUUCAAAAGACUUCUUCACUUAAAGGGGAACACCACCCAAUAAAGAAUUCAGAAUCAAUGUAUGUGUACAUGAGCUACUCCCUGUCAAAGCCAGAAACCAGAGAAGUACAGUAAGUUUCAAACUUGUGAUCAUCGAGUAUGAAGUCUAGAACUGCUCCAUAGAUAAUGAAUGAGAGAAUGAUUUUCUUUUUUUUUAUAUAUACCCAAAUGAGCUUUAUUCUAUUGUAGUACUCAGUUCUGAAACAGAAAAUGUACCCAUAUAUUAAAAAGAUUCCCCUGGGUGCUGUUAGUGUCAUCUUUAACAUGUUUCCCAAUUCAUUUCCUAUGGAGCACUUCUGGACUUUAUACUUGAUAACAUCACAAAUUUGAGUUUUAGCACUCUAGUUUUUAUAUUUGGGAAAGAGUUGUUCAUGUUUGCUAAUAUUUGUGGACUGUCUUAGACCAUAGGAAUUACAUGUAUGAAUUCUAAAAAAGGUGCGGAGUUCCCCAUUUAAAGGAACAUGGCGAC